ACGGAAACCAGCGUCGUAAACCUUAUGCUAGCAGCUACAUUUGGGCUUGUAGGACGGGGUGUAAGCGACAUCACACAGUUUGCUGCCUCUUCAGAGGAAACAGGGAGUGGAUAAAUACGCGACAGGGUUUUUGUUUCUUAUUGCGGCAGCUUCGACACGGAAUAUCUCGAGUGGUACCUCACUGUAACCUUUAUGUGAGGUCUAAGCCCUAAAGGAGCGGGUCACAGACGGGAGGAGAGACUCGGGAGAAGAGCAUCUGGCCACAGAAGCCUGGAUACGACUUUUUAUUUUUUAUUCAGCCCCUUAGACACAACUACAACCAAGCAGUUUAUCAGCACUCUAACAACAACAAACAUGGAGGCCAUUGCCAAAUACGAUUUCAAAGCCACUGCUGAUGAUGAGCUUAGUUUCAAGCGUGGAGAAGUCCUUAAGGUAUUAAAUGAAGAGUGUGAUCAGAACUGGUACAAGGCAGAGCUAAAUGGAAAAGACGGUUUCAUCCCCAAGAAUUACAUAGAGAUGAAGGCCCAUCCGUGGUUCUUCGGGAAGAUUCCUCGGGCCAAAGCAGAGGAGAUGCUCAACAAACAGAGGCACGACGGAGCCUUCCUCAUCAGAGAGAGCGAGAGUGCACCAGGAGACUUCUCCCUCUCUGUGAAGUUUGGGAACGACGUUCAGCACUUCAAAGUUCUUCGUGACGGAGCCGGAAAGUAUUUCCUAUGGGUGGUGAAGUUUAACUCUCUCAAUGAGCUCGUGGACUAUCACCGCUCCACCUCAGUCUCUCGCAAUCAGCAGAUCUUCCUGCGAGACAUCGAGCAAGUCCCCCAGCAUCCCACAUACGUGCAGGCGCUCUUUGACUUCGACCCCCAGGAGGAAGGAGAGCUGGGUUUCCGACGCGGCGACUUCAUCCAAGUUUUGGAUAACUCUGACCCCAACUGGUGGAAAGGAGGCUGCCACGGCCAAACGGGCAUGUUCCCCCGCAACUACGUCACGCCUGUCAAUCGGAACAUGUAAACAGUCAGACCAUUUAAACAACAACAACCACCACAACAGCAACCAUCACCACCACCACCACCACCAUCAUCAUCAUCAUCAUCGUUCUUGAUCUCAUCAGCCCCUCAUCCAACCCUCCAAAAAAAAAAAAAAAUACGCCCCUCCAACCCUCCUCGCCAUCCCGCAAUAACAGGAGCAGACAGGAAGAAGGCAAACAACCGAAAGAGAUAAAACAGGAGUAGUGCUGUCGUAGGCGUCGCUGUGUGGGUGGCAGCUGAGCAAAAUCAACUUUUACUUGCGCUGAGAACGUUCACCUCCCCAGUGAACGCCUUGGCGAGGAUUGAACCGUCUUUGAGGGAAAUCUAAAUGCAGAGAAACUAAAGAGUAGUGCACCAACCGUGAAGAUAACCAAAUGAUUCUACCGCUCCCACAGCUGCUUCUGUCGUCUCCUUAACUUCUUAACAUUCUGCCUUUCUUUUGUGUUUCUUUCUCUUUCUUUGCCGCAUGUUGUUUUAAUCACCUAAAUGAAAUGCCUACCGAUAAAUCCUAACUCUGUUUUAAAGAAAAAAAUGUUAAAAUAUAAAAAAAAGAAGAAAUGGUUUUAAAAAAUGUACAAAAAAGAAGAGAAAAAAUGAUGCAAUCUACCGAAAAGCAAGUUUCCAUGUCUGAGAUCAUUGGCACGUGAGCAGUGUACUUCAGCCGUUGGCUGUAUAAAUAAAUCAACUAUAGAGAGAAUCCAUUUUUAAGAAUAUAUAUUAUAUAUUUGUAUGUGUUUGUCUGUUUUACCUCUCAUCACAAAUUGUAUUUUUUUCCAUUUGUAAAUUAUGUUCAAUCUUUUGUUAGUCUGGAUAAGACCUAGUAGCUCUAGAAUGUGCUGAAUUGUCAGUCGAGUUAUUUUUUUUUCUUCUGAAUCUAUCUGAGGGCUCUCAGAUAAACACAGCAUGAAAUUUAAGGGGUCAUAAGUUCCAUUUGAAGAGGUUUCUCUUGUCUACAAUGCAAGGAGAGUAGUUAGUUCUCUGAGAAGAAACUAAAGAAGAUAAAAUUGACCAGCAAGUCGAGCCAUGAAUGCUGCAAGAGCUGUUGUAUUAAGAAGCCCUGCGUAAAGGUCAGCCACCUUUUCAAAGCCAAUGUAUUUAUUGCAGCCAUUUUCCUGGGGCAGUGAAUGUAGCUGACUGAGUCCAGACAUUAACAUGAGGGAAGCAAGGUCGGAGAACUGAACUACAUAAACCAUGCAAGGGAUUUUUAAAAACAGACAUGCUGAAAAAAAAAGUAAUGUUGUCAAUAUUCAUUUAUAAAGAGAAUGAUGUAUGAGGACAUGUACAGGUAGUUAACAUGCAUAUUCACAAACAGUCAUUACAUGCAUGCAUACGCAGACGCUCUCCUCCUUGUUAUACCUGCACGUAGCAAAGAGGCUGAGUUUGGAUAAUCACGUUGUGUAAUCACCGGUGCAGAUCAGCAGCUGGCACAGAUUAACAGUUCAGAAAACUGAGAGAUUGUCUUUUAUGCUAAAAGUCGAGAGAUCAGCGUUAAUAAUGUUGAGUUUUUGUUUUCCUUCUGUUUGUGUCCAACGUGGCGUGUGGUCAAGCACUUUUUUUUUGUCAGACAUUUUGAUUUCUGGUCCAGUCAGUCGAUGUGCGUGUGUGUUUGUUUACCGUGUUUGUGUUUUUUUUUUUUUUUUUUUCCAGUUUGUGUUUUCUUGUUCUCUCUGGAUAGUGCCUUUCUCUCUGGUGUUUCAGUGUCUCCGACCUGCUACUUUGAGCCCCCCUCCCUUUAACGGGGCCUGCCAGUCCUGCAGUGAGAAACAGUGUACAUAAUCCAACCUGUCCCAUCCAACAAUGCCCCCCCACCCACCCAACCAACCUCCCUACAUCCACCCGCCUUCACCUUUAUCCUCACCAACAUGGAACUCUUCUUAUUUAAGUGUCUCUUGCCUUGUCUU